CCCGCCCAAUCUGACUUGCCUGCCCGUCUCCGGAGAAUACGGAGUGAAGAGGAAGGAGACGCGCUAAUGGGUUCGCCUUCCAGCGCCGGUGGGUGAGCGAUGCGGCAGACCCAACCGCGCGCGACGUAUAGGUAGGGAUCACAUGUGGAAGGCAUGCCAGUUACGCCGAGCAAUCCAUCUAUGGUGCCGUCCAAGUGCGAACGUGGGGCGAGAGUCCAGGAUUGGAGACAGAGGUUACACCAAUAAUGUUCCUGAACUGAACUCCGACAAAAGGAGCUUGUUGAAAGGUGAAUGCUACUACACAUUGGGGAAGAAGGAAGGUACCUCUCUGUGCAAUUCAGCCAUCGCCGGCGCUUCAGAGGAAGCUGGAUUUAAUGUUGAGCGUGAAACUGGGGAAAAGUGUGAAGCUGAUGUACAUUCGGCAGCGAAAUUGUUCUCGGGUAUUGGGAAAUUAGUUAUAUCCAAGUGCUCAUUCAUUUUUGACAGUGGAAGAGACACCUUUGAUGGGAAUUGUAGCUUGCAAGAUGUUCUUAAGCAUGGUCUCUGGCUCUCACCGGAGACCCUCCGCAGGUUCUGGCGUGCUUCACAGCUGAAGCCUGAAGAUUUUCUUGACAUUUUGGUCGGUUUUGGACAUGGUGCUGCAGAAGUUAGAAACUCGAGAUUUCUAUGGAACUUGUACAGGUGGGCUUCGUGGCAGAGUAAGGACUUCCGGCAUCUUCCAAGGUCCAAUGACAUGAUGGUGUCAAUACUUGCGCAUGCUCAGAUGCUCAGCCAAGCUGAAUCAUUGCUUCUCUUGCUGGACGAGAACAAGGCUCUGACCGAUGCGAGCGAUCUGUUCAGUCAGGUCAUCCAGGCGUUUUCAGAAGCUGGCCACCUCGACAAAUCAGUGGCACUUUUUGAUCAUGCAAGGCAUAAGUGUUUGAUACCUUCAGCCUCGUGCUAUCAAGUACUUCUAAAUCUUAUGGUCAGAAGGUCAAAACAGGAGCUAGUUGUAAGAGUAUAUUUGGACAUGCUUGAAGUUGGAUUAGGUUCUUGUACGGAAAGAGAUAUUCUUGAUUUUGCUAUCAGUGCUUUAGUCAAGAGAGACAAAUUCUUACAAGCUAUUGGUAUAAUUCGGCAGUUAAAGAGUUUGAACAUCGAAAUAAGCAAGGGAUCAUUGUUAACUGUUGCAAAAGAAUUUUGCAAGAAAAAGGACACUGGAGAUAUGAUGAAUUUCUUGGAAGAAUGGAGGUGGUGUUUUCACAGAGGGACUGUACAGACAUGCAAAUUAUAUCCUUGAAGACAUGAUCGAAAGAAAAAUAAUGCCCGAACUUCUAACAUAUAAGAUAAUUCUGGCAGGAUAUUGCAAGUAUAGGCAAUUCGAUGAUAUAGAAGAAAUCUUGAGAAUUAUGAAAGUCAAUGGUGUAAAUGGUCUUCCCUCUGGAAACUGUGCACUCUCUAAAGCCUUAUUCUUUCUGGGGCUGGACCACUUAGGAGUGAAGGUCAAGAGAGAUAAUGCCACUGGCUUUCCGAAAGCUGAGUUUUUUGAUUCAGUAGGCAAUGGUCUGUAUUUAGACACCGACUCUAAAAGGUUUGAGACUUCGUUGGCGCAGAUUCUUGAUAAUGCUUUUUACUCAGAUAUUAGCCCAGAGAUAGUCAGUGCUUGUCAGCAAGGUGAUGUUGCAAGUGCUCUUCUGGUGAAAGAUGAAGCUUUUCAACAGGGACAUGAAAUUUCACCAGCUAGCUGCUCAGAACUAAUAAAGUCCUUGUGCGUUAGCCCUGCACAUGUUAUGGAUGUUAUUGACCUAAUGGAGGAAAUGCCUUAUACAUUUGAUAAACUGGAUGCUCAAACUCUAAAUUUAGUCAUCCAAACAUUGAGUACGAAUGAUAUGUCAGCUUGUGCAAGAUUGGUUUUGGACAGGUUAUUCAGAAGAGGCUUGCCAGUUAAUCAAGAUACUUAUACUUAUUUGCUUACAGGCUUCUGCACAGAAAGGAACAUAAUGGGGUUUUGGGAAUGUUGGAAUGUUGCAACAAAGUUUAAUUGGUCACCAGACAGCAAGGAUGUGAUGCCCCUUAUUAGCCACUUGUGCAAAUGGGGAGUAAUUGAGGAAGCUUUGGAGCUUAUAAGCUUGUUGCCUGAUUGCUAUCCUAAUUUGUUCCUAAGUGCAUAUUGUGCACUUCUCAAAGAGUUAUGCAGAACUGGUUACACUACCAUUGGAUGUGCGAUGCUGGAGGCACUCCUAGAGAAGGAUGUCGUUGUGGGUCGCUCACUAAUUUAUAGUGUGACAGAGGGCUUCCUAAAGGAGCAGAAGACUGCUGAAUCUAUUGGACUGUAUGACAUGUGCCUUAACAAAAUCAAAAUGUCAGAUGUGUUUACCCGCCAAUUUCCAUUCUCUUCGCUAGCAUGCUUUGAUGCAGAACGAUGCAUGGACUUGGUACAGUCUAUGAUGAAAAUGGAACGUUCUGAUGUCUCAGCUUGCAGUUGCAUUGUGAACGAAUUACUGCAUACAGGAAAAGUAAGUCAGGCAAUGUCGGUUGUUCAAGCCUCCACUUUGGGAAAGAAAUUAAGUGACAAAUUGCUAAAUUCCACCCUUCAAUCAUAUUGUUGUCUAAACAGUUGGAGAAAGGUUGAUGCAGUUAUUUCUAUAAUGCUAAAGAUACACGCUAGCAUUUCUAUUUCUAGCUACCGCUUUCUUGUCCGCAGAAUGUGUGAGCAAAGUCAGUUUUCUAGUGCGUUAUGCCUUAAGGAGCUAAUCCAACAGAAUGACAAGUCAACGGAACUUAUUUUAUACAAUAUUCUGAUGUUCUGCCUUUUUCAGAGAAGAAACAGCUUGCAGGUUCAUGAUUUAUUGAAGGAUAUGAAACGUAACGGUAUUUCUCCAGACAAAAUCACAUAUGACUUUCUUGUCUAUGGGUUUAACAAGUCUGGAGACACCGAUCGUUCAGUUAGUGUGCUUGAUGCUUGCAUUGCGCAGGGAUUAACACCAAGCAACCGCAGUCUCAGAAUAGUACUGAAUCACUAUUGCAAGUUAGGGAACCUUGAGAAAUCAAUAGAAUUGUUUCAUCUGAUUGAGGGGAGGGGAUGGAAGCAUGGUUUAGUGAUUGAGAUGACUGUCAUUUCAGCACUUCUUUCGUCUGGAAGAUACUCUGAAGCAAAAUCAUAUCUGAACAAACUGAGCAGAAGUGCACUAAUUAUAUCUGACAUCACUUUUGAUGCCCUAAUCAAGGAAUUCUGUGGACAGGGAGACUUGGAAAUGUCUGUUAAUCUGAUAAAUAAAACGUUAAAGAAUGGUAGACUUCCAAGUGAAGCUAGUUACAGCUCUGUUAUAUACAGGCUCUGUGUAUUGAAAGAAUUUGAUCAGGCUCUUGAUUUUCUUGCUGAGAUGCAGUUGGAAAAUCUAAAACCAAGUGAGAUCUCAUGUGAUGUGCUCAUGCGUGGCCUGUGUGCCAUGGGAAGAACAACUGAUGCUAAGAAGAUUUUGGAAAUACUAAUGACCUUUGGUUCCGCACCAUCCUUUGGCAUGUAUAGAACUGUUUUUGAUAACUACUCUAGGUGUAACAAUACACUGGAAGCCGCAAAACUUCUGCAUGACAUGCAGCAAGCAGGACACACACCGAAGUUUGAGAUGCAAUGGUCUGUGAUAAGCAAUUUAAGCAGCACUGGUAGGAAGACUGAAGGAUAUGAACAACCUAUUUUAUCAAACCUUAUUUCUUCCAGUGAGUUCCCCAUUAAGAAUAAUAGGAGGAAAUGAUUCUUGUAUGCAAAUAUAUAUCCAAUGCUGAUUGGAAGGAGAUGAUUAAUGACAGCCAUCCUACGAAGAACCCCAAGGCAGCAGUGGCACUGCUCCUGCGACCGCACAGCGUCUACCAUCUCGUGCGGUUUGGCUGGUGUAGCCGCUGCUUCUUGCAGUAGUAACCACUGGCCCUGGCCAUCUGUUUUUUGCAGAAAAAUUCUACCAAUUUGUGUGCAGUAUAACCUUGUUGGCUUCCUGAAUGAUAAAUGGGUUAGAUUA